AUGAAGAAAAUUGAUAAAAGCGUACCGUUUUCCGCAACAAAAGCGAUUUUAUCUUUCUUUUUAGUCUACCAUGGAAAACAAUCAAUUUUAAGAUUAUUUUUACUGGGUACUUUGAAAUUAUCUAUACUCAUUGUUGUACCCAUCGCCACUUUUGUUCAUCUAAUUGUGGUCAAGAAAAAAGAAUUAGACGUACCAAUUGCUGAGAAUGUUUCAAUAGGAAUAAGCAUAUCAGCAAUGACUAUACUGAGCACUUUAGUACCUUUCUAUUCGAAAGAAUGGACCAACGUUUUCGAGAAACUUUCAGAUUUCAAAACGUUCAAAAAACCAUCAAAACUUGGAAAAACUAUCAAACUUUAUAAUACAUUAUCGAUAGCAUCAUCCGCUUAUUGUGGCGGGGGAGCAGUUUUUUACACCAUCGCUUGUUAUUUCGAAUCUAAAAAAUGUUUAGAUAUUGAUAAAGAAAAUUACGCCAUCUUUGUUGUUCAGUUUAUAAUGAUAUUCGUCACUUGUGUAUGCGGCGGCGCUGUGAAUUACCUUAUUUGCGAAGUUGCGUUGUACGCAUCUUUGCAGAUUAGUUCAUUGAAAACCAGGUUUCUGGAAAUUAUCCACAUUAAAGCCCAAGAAGAACAAGAUACUAAAUUGAACAUGUGGAUACAAGAUCACCAAUCAAUGAUAAUAAUUCUAGAAGAAGCAAAAAGAUUAACAAAGAUUUGUGUAGGCGCUGGAUCUUUAUCGUUUGCUUUGGUAUGUGCUUCUGUUGCAAAUCAAAUCAUGAACAGGAAUAAACCAGUAGGAUCGGUUUUACACUUGGUGGGAUGGAUAGCGUCUUUAUUCAUGCAUUGCCAUGCUGGACAAAUAAUUAUGUCUGAUAGCGAAUCCAUGGCAGAAGCCGUAUAUAAUUCCAAAUGGUAUAAAAUUAAUCUAACAACAAGAAAAAGCAUCUUGAUAAUACUGAAGAGAUGUCAAAAACCGUUAACUUUGGAUGCUCUUCCACAAGGAAGUUUAAAUUAUCCACUGUUUAUGAUGAUUGCGAAAUCUUCAUACUCGUUAUUAACAUUCCUUAGCAAUACAUAGAGGCACCUUAAAUGAAGAUAAAAUCAGCAUAAUCGAAAUUAAAAACACGCUUUAGUUAAUAAAGGAUUCAAGCAUG